GGAUAUCGAGCAGACCGCAUCGCUCAUCAUCCCUUUAAAUUUUGGGGCACUUGAGCCUUGUUCUCUGUCUCCCCUACUACCCAAGAAAAUUUGAAGAAGCGAGAUUCAACGGCUUGCGAACAUCUUAUACCUGAGUUUAUGAAUGCGCACCAGGAUCUGCCAGUCUGACCGCCAAUGAAUCCCAUGAGUUGAUGAACCGCUGAGGACCGGCUGUCGCAUGCCACUCUACGUCGCCCUGAGCCAUGGAUCUCGGGGAUUCUCAGGGCGGCUUCGAUGCCGGCUUUGAAGGAAUGCCGCAGAAGAAAAGGGUGCUGCCCGACGAUCUCCCCCGUUCUCUCGACGACAGGCGACAUGUCCCGACCGAGCUGGUGCCCGAGACGGAGAUGUACGACGGAUGGCAGGGACAAUCUCAGUUCUUGACUUCGCCCAUGCUCGCAAAGCCACUGGCGUUUAGCGACCUGGCUCUCGACGACAACUACGGCGAUGACCUGACCAAGGGUGGCCCCGACAGCGAAACGCGCCUGAUGGAAAUGCUUGCCGCCCAGGCCGCCCACGCGGCCAGCGCUGCCUUUGACGACGAGGACACAAUCGCCGCCGACGAGCAGAGAUCCGAGGACGAGAAGAAGGACAUACUGCAGAGGACGUUCAUCAUGGCCGCGAGCAAUGGCAACCUCGAGUCGGUUGCCAAGAUCCUCAAGGGCAGAGCCAGGGAGUACGUCGACGUCAAUGCGCCCGACGACGAGGGCACCCCGGCGCUCAUCUAUGCAAGCUGUUUUGGCCAUGACUCGGUCGUUCAAGCGCUCAUCGACGCCGGUGCCGACGUCAACAAACAGGACCGCAAUCAGUGGAGUGCUCUGAUGUGGGCCAUGACGAACCGGCACAAGGGCAUCGCGAAACUAUUACUAGAUAACGGCGCUUCUACCGAAACUAAGACGUCAACAGGGAGGACAGCCUUCGAUUUUGUAGCCCCUGACAGUGACAUGUCGUUCUACCUUAGCGGCUACGGUAUCGGAAAUGCUGGGACGGCCGACGACUUCUACAACCCUGGGUUCAGCCAGGACAAGUUCGAAGAGGAACUCGCUGAGAACGAGAUGCGGCGGCGCAUGAUGAUGGAGAGUGCGCGCGACCUCGAAGUCGACCUUGGCAACGUGGGUAUGGACGAUCAGCCCGAGUCCCCGGAAGAGCUUGAGGAAGAACAGCAAGAGUUCGAUUGGUCGAGAUGCCUUCACGACCAGAUGUUCGUAUUCCAGGAGAACGAACUGGAGAGGAUACUGGACAUGGUCAUCACAAACAUGACGCCGCAGCGGUCACCGUCUCAGAAACCCGUCCCUGCCAACAUGGUUUUUCUCGGCGCCAGAUACGCCCACUACCAUUCCAGCCCCGAGCUGCUGGCGAAACUGCUCAUCACUGCCAUGGACAAGAUCAACACCGUGGUCGAAAAGCACCAGUGGGACAUGACCAUCCUCGCGUUUUGGAUGUCCAAUGCAACCCUUCUAUUACACUAUCUCAAGAAAGACGCUGGCCUCGUCGAGGCUACUACCGAGUUCCAAGCGCAGCUCGCUGAGUUGAUAAACGAGAUCUUUAUACUCAUAGUCAGGGACGCCGAACGGCGUUUGGACAAGGUCCUGGACGUGGCCAUGCUUGACCACGAGACAAUACCAGGCUUCGAAGACAUCACAUUCCAAAACGAGUGGAAGAUCUUCAAGCGGAAGAAGGAGGUCAAGGAAGAGCCACUGGAGAAACGGCUACGGCCGCCAUCACCCAAGCAACGGGCGAAGCCCUCACCACGCAACGUCACAUCCCUCCUCUCCUCCACGCUCUUCGUCCUCGACCUCUACGACGUCCACUCCGUCAUCACGGCGCAGAUCAUCUCUCAACUCAUUUACUGGCUCGGCGCCGAGCUCUUCAACCGCAUCAUGUCGAACCGCAAAUACCUCGCCCGCACCAAGGCCAUGCAGAUCCGCAUGAACAUUUCGACGCUCGAAGACUGGGCGCGCCAAAACAACCGCCAGCCGGAGCAUUACGAAAAGGGCGAGAUGAAGUCGUCGGGCGAGACCACCGUCGAGGCCGCCCGGCGCCACCUGGCUCCCGUCAUCCAGCUGCUGCAAUGGCUGCAGUGCUCCUCAUCGCUCGGUGCAGACGACCUCGAGGCCCUCGUCGGCACCCUCCAGCAGCUCAGAGCCCUCAGCCCGCAGCAGCUGAUCCACGCCGCGACACAUUAUCGCCCGGAGGUUGGGGAGAAGGGGCUGCCCAAGAGCGCCAUGAAAUACCUGGUUGCGAUUCAGAAGGAGGCCGCGCUGCGGAGGGAAAGGAACCGUGCUGCUGCAGCUGCCGCGGCCGCUACUUCUUCUUCGUCGCCGCCUGCUACGCCGGGGAAACAGACGACCACAAGCGGUGGCGGCGGCGGCGGCAGGUCCAACGGCCACGGCGGUGGUGGUGGUGACACGCCGACGGCGGCGAAACAACAACAACCGCCCGCCGCCAUGGCCGGGGAGGAACAACAACAACAAGACGACGACGACGACGACGACGAGGCGCCGGCGAAUCUGUUGAUGGACCCGGCGCUGAUGCUGCCGUUUACGCUGCCGAGCGUCACGGACAUGCUGGUCAGCUACGGCGCUGGGUUUGGAGGGGUCAAUAGGGAGCGCGAGAGGAAGUAUAUUCCGACCAUACCGGCCGAGUUCUUGGAGAGGAUUGAGGCGGCAGGGGGUGGUGGUGGUAGUGGGGUUGGGGGUACCGGGGCCCGAGGUGGGGUGGGGAGGAGGUUGUUUGCGGAGGGAAACUGGGAGGAUGAAGAGGCGGUUUAG